UGGAAUCAAAUACUACUUUUUACCCCAGUGGGAAAGGCUCCUGGAUAUUAAGGUGUGGCGUAAUGCUGUGGCCCAGGCCUUCUUCUCUGUGGGUAUAGGGUGGGGGAGAAUGUCUAACAUGGCGAGCUUCAACGGGAUUCACAAUAACUGUUACAGAGACGCUCUGGCGAUUAUUGUGGUGAAUUGUCUCGCCAGCCUGUUCGUAGGAUUCAUCAUCUUCAUGUUCCUGGGUAACAUGGCCAACGAAACCCAAUUGCCAGUCUCAGAUGUAGUAAAAGGAGGCCCUGGUCUAGCAAUCAUGGUGUACUCCAAAGCUGUCUCGACAAUGCCUGGGUCUCAGCUGUGUUCAGCAAUAUUCUUCCUGUCGCUGUUCAUCAUUGGUCUGGAAGGCCAGAUAAUCCACGUCCAUACAGCUUUUAUGGCCAUGAAUGACGCCUUCCCAAAAUCUCUGAGAGGCUUAGAGUUACCUAUAACAGCUGUAUUGUGUUGUGCUGGCUUGAUGCUGGGAUAUUCCUGUGUCACUCAGGGCGGUAUCUACGUGCUGUCGCUGAUGGAUUGGUACAUCGCCAGCAUAUCAGUCAUGGUGCUGGUAGCAGCGGAAGUGUUGGUUCUGGCGUGGAUAUAUGGUGUCAACCGUCUGUAUGAUGAUCUGGAGAUGAUGAUUGGCUACCGAGUGUCUCCUGUCUGGAAGGCCAUGUGGCUUGUUGUAACACCUCUGUAUAUCAUUGUGUUGCUGAUAGGCGGCUUCAUUAAUUUUUCGCCUGUGAGUCCUGGCAGGACAGGCUAUCCGCCAUGGUCUCAGGCCAUUGGCUGGAUCAUUGCCAUGUGCCCUGUGAUUCCAAUACCAGUGGGAAUGGUGAUCGCCAUUCGGAAGGAAGAAGGUACCACUUUUAAAGAGAGGCUGAUCAAAGCUACUAAACCUAGAAAGGAAUGGCGGAGUAGUCAGAAAGAGGAGACCUCACAUGAGAAGAAGGAUUCACAUCAUGAGCUUGAUGACAUUAGUUCCGCUUAAACCUAUUGUCGUUGAUAAUAUUGCUAGAUGGGUGUUGGAUAUUUA